AUGGCGGGCAAAGACUUGUCACCGCACGAGAAGCUCGCACUGAUCAAGGACCAAUUGCAGGAAGUUCUACACGAAGACAUUCUUGAACAUGUUAUUCUAAAAGAGCAGAGACCAUUGAUAAUCUACUGGGGCACGGCCACGACAGGAAGACCGCAUUGCGGCUACUUCGUGCCAAUGAUGAAAAUUGCGCACUUCCUCAGGGCGGGCUGUAGGGUCAAGAUCCUUCUGGCGGACAUUCACGGAUUCCUCGACAAUUUGAAGGCGCCAAUCGAAUUGGUCAAAUUCCGAGCGGAAUACUACAAAUACAUCAUCCAGUCCCUCCUCAAGGCCGUUGGCGUGAGUUUGGAGAAGUUGGAAUUUGUUCUCGGCUCCUCCUAUCAACUAAGUGCAGACUAUACCAUGGAUAUCUUUCGACUGAGUAGCGUGGUGACAGAGCACGAUGCCAAAAAGGCUGGUGCCGAGGUCGUCAAACAAGUUGAAAAUGCCACGUUAUCUGGACUGAUCUAUCCCUUGAUGCAGGCACUGGAUGAACAGCAUUUGGGUGUCGAUGCACAAUUUGGUGGAGUCGAUCAGAGGAAAAUCUUUGCUCUAGCGCAGGAGACUCUCCCCAAGAUUGGAUACAAAGAACGAGCGCAUUUGAUGAAUCCCAUGGUGCCCGGUCUGGCCGGCGGCAAGAUGUCUGCAUCAGACCCCGACUCCAAGAUUGAUAUUCUUGACACUGCUGAUGCAGUCAAGAAGAAGCUUCGCAAAGCCUAUGCGGCGGCUGGAGAAAUCGAAGGAAAUGGCAUAAUAUCCUUUGUCGAGUACGUGCUACUGCCAAUUAGUGCUCUGCGAGACCCUGAAGGCAAAGGGACCUUCGUGUGCGAGAGAAGAGAAGGAGAAGGAGAGCCGCUGGUGUAUCAUGACAUUGAGAGCUUGAAGGAGGAUUACCGAACCGACAAGCUCACUCCACAGCUGCUCAAAGCUGGCGCUUCCGCUGCUCUUGUAGAGUUACUGGCUCCCAUCCAGGCGGAAUUCCAGGCGUCCCCGGAAUGGCAAGAGAUCGAGAAGAAAGCCUAUCCCCCUCCCGAGCCCGUCAAGAAGAAGAAGCAACCAAAAGACAGAGGCUCAAGGUUCCCAGGGGCGGCCAAUGUCACUGCCAAACCAGACGGAUCGAUCGAAGGCGAGGGAAAGGAACGAGUCGAGGUAGGAAAGACUGCAGAGCAAGCGAUGUCGAACCUGGAUAUCAACGGUCAAGCUUCAUGA